AUGGGGUGUGUAACAACAAAAAAGCAGCAUACGGUUUAGAUACCCAAGCAUGUUUUAAACUAAAAUUCCUAAUUAAUAGACGAUGAUGAUCAACGUAAUUACAAUAGUGCUCCUUAAAGUCCUGCUUUAAGAAAAAUUGUUUAAAUAGAUGCAUUUACACCUGACGAAAUAAAGGACUUUAUCUUAGAGAGGAGAAAAUAAAAUUAUAGUACUAAUAGAAUUGAGCUGAUGAAAAAAAGUGGCAGAUAUACACCUACUCUUAUCUAUAAAAAGAGAAAACCUUCACCCUCCUAAAGGAGUUAAACAAAAAUUACAAUUUAAUCACCAAUCUAUCCUACCCAAAAAUGA